AUGGUGAAUACACGCUCCCAAUCUGUGCGACAGCCCGGCGUACCUCCUGGGGCUGCUGGAGCUCCUCUAGAGUUAGCAGAUUUCAUGAAGCAGAUGACUGAAUCCAUGAAGGCUUUGCAGAAGCAGAACGAAGACCUCGCUACAAGGCUCACGGUUGCCGAAGGCCAAAACAGCCGAAGGAAUCAAGAGCGGGAGGAAAGAAGGAUGAAGAGACAAGAAGAUAGGCGCGAGAGGGAAAGACGCGCCGAGAUCCAUAGGGGAAAGAGGCCCCGAGGUUUUGAGGAAGAAGACGAAGAGGAUCAUCGCACUGAAGGGUAUAACGAGAGCAACGUUAACGCCGACUUGCAGGAGCUUAAGAAGAAAUGCGAUGAAAUGGCUCGUCAAAUAGUAGAUGGCGGAGAUCAAACCAAUGCGGGGGAACUUAUGGAAAACACAAGUCUCCCCUUCACCCCUCGGGUCAUGAAUUUUCCUCUCCCUGAUAAAUUCAAGAUGCCCCAAGUCAAUCUCUAUAAUGGUACUGGGGAUCCAACUGAACACAUGGAAGGUCUUCGUGCGCAUUUCAUUCUCCAUGGAACCCCAGAUGCAAUUUCAUGUAGGGUUUUUCCCUUAACUUUAGCAGGAGUAGCUAAAGAUUGGUUCGGCAAACUUCCGGCCAAUUCAAUAGACGAUUUCAAGACUCUCGGGCGUCUCUUCUUGAGUCAGUUCUUGGCUACCCGGAAGAGGAAGAAGAAUCCGGCUUAUUUGUUGUCCCUUGUGCAGGAGAAGGAGGAGUCAUUAAAAGAGUUCAUGCUCAGAUUUAACCAGGAGAAGUUGAUGAUUGAAAAUCCUCCUGAGCAAACAGUACUUGAUGCUCUAAUGCAUGGAGUAAGGGCUGAAGGGCCUUUGAUGGCCGAGCUGUCGAAAAGUACCAAGUUAGUGACUCUCGGUCAGUUCAUAAAAAAGGCUGAUGAGUACAUCAAUCAAGAAGAAACCGUCAAGGCUCUCAUGAAGAACCAGAAGGAAAAGCUCGAGGCCAAGGGCAGUAAGGAGAAGGUAGCACCGGCAAGUGCUGUAAAGAAGGAGGAGAAGAGUGUAAAAAGGUCGGAGAAGGUGGCCCCAUCAUAUCCUAGAAUGGACCCUCGGAAAUUGCAGAGCGCGAAGUUCAGUCCAUUGAAUACUAGCAUGCUGAGCAAGCUGAAGGGCGAUCCUAAGAGACGUGAUCCUCAGAAGUAUUGCGAGUAUCAUUGCGAUCAUGGUCAUUUAACCGAGGAAUGCAUAACAUUGAGGCAAGAGAUUGAGAACCAUAUCAGAAACGGAAGGUUGGUGAAAUUCCUAGCGGGUGAGAGGAAUCAACGAAGAAAUGAAGAGCCUCUGUUACUGGAAGGAGACCGAGAAGCUCACAGAAACCGAGAGGCAAGGCCGAGAGAAGAUCGGUAUGCUGAACCGAUGCAAGAUCAGCAGGCGGAGCCAAGACGAGACAGAGAAUUCCAUCAGCCUCGCCAUCAAGAUGUAGUGAGGGAAAUUCACACCAUCUCGGGAGGACUGGCUGGCGGAGGAAUUUCUAGCUCAUCUAGGAAAGCUUAUGCGAGGAGAACGAAAGCUGAUAACGAAGUACUGUUGGUCGAAAGACCUCUAAAAAUAGCAAGGAGAGCGAGGAUGGCCAUAUCCUUUUCUGAAGAAGAUGAAAGGGGGGUAAUAUUUCCUCAUGAUGAUGUGUUAGUCGUCACGCUAACGGUGGCCAACCAUAAAAUCCACCGAGUCUUGGUAGACAAUGGUAGUUUAGCCAACAUUUUAUAUUGGCUGGUUUUCAAACAAAUGGGUGUCGAACGAAACAGGAUCCAACCGUUUGAUUCACCACUGGUAGGGUUUGUAGGGGAACAAGUUUAG